AUGAGUUCUCGUCUUAAACACUUAAGAUUGCUAUACCAUCGUGCUGCCAACACCCUCAUCCUGCGAAUGGCCAUUGCAACUACACUCGCAGGUGUCGUUCUCACAAAGAUUACACAAGGGGCUGUCUCUGCUCACCAGAUUGUGCCUCAGUACAGUGCUAUAUGUCCCAUCCACCUAUUCCUCGUCGUCGUUCUUUUCAUCGUCACAGCAACAUUCUACCUUGCACUCCGUCCUAGAACUGUAUACCUCCUUGACUAUGUUUGCUUUGUGGCAAGCUCCAAGUUUAGAUACCCAAAGGCAACCUUGCUUGAGCAUGCACAUCUCUCGCCUUUGCUAGAUGAUUCUACUACCAACUUUAUAGCUACUAUUCUGGAGCGCUCAGGCUUGAGCGACCAGACAUAUGUACCACCUAUACUUUCCUAUAUAGAGCGGAAUUGUGGGCUUGAUGAAGCACGUGCGGAGGCAGAUGGAUUUUGCCCUGUACCAUCCAACGCUAACAUGAUUGUGAACAGAUACAAGUUGCGAGGUGAUAUCCGCCUCAUGAACCUUUCAGGGAUGGCGUGUACUGCGUCAGUGACUGCGGUGGGGAUUGCGAGCAACAUGCUGCAGGUCAUGCCUUGGGGAUCAUAUGCAUUGGUGGUAUCUACCGAGAUCAUUGGACCAGUAUACUAUGCAGGAAAUAUGCGUUCCAUGCAGUUGUCUAACAUAUUGUUUCGUAUGGGCGGUGCCGCCAAGCUCUUGUCGACUUAUAGGUCCAAGGCUCGAUUUCGGCUUGAGCAUUUGGCCCGGACAAUCACUGCAGCAAAUGAUGCUGCCUACCGGUGUGUUUAUCAAGAGGAAGAUGAGAAGGGAAACUUUGGGACUGCUCUCUCUAAAGACAUUAUGGGUGUCGCUGAAGAAGCGCUGAAGGCAAAUAUCAUGGUAACCGGACCUCUUGUCCUACCGGGGUCAGAGCUUCUCAGAGUUUUGCUCUAUCGCAUGGUGAAAAAGGUGCUCAGCUCAAGGAGGGCGAGACAAUACAUCCCCAAUUUUUGUCUUGCAUUUGAGCAUUUCUGCAUCCAUGUUGGUGGACCAGCGGUUAUCACCUCAGUACAACAUGGCCUCGAUCUAUCAGACAAGCACGUUGAGGCAUCACGAAUGACGCUACAUCGAUUUGGAAACCAGUUGAGUGCAUCGGUGUGGUAUGAGUUGGCAUACAUCGAAGCUAAAGGCCGGAUGAAGAAAGGCAAUAGGGUGUGGGAUGACAAGGUCAUCCAGACGGCCAUCAGCAAGUUCUACAAGGAUGACCUACGCACCAUGAUCGACGCCAUCAAGCUCAACCUUACUUUAAGUCUGUGUGUAAGCUAUUUCAUUUCAGGCUUCAGCAUUGCCCAGGGAGGCGUCAGGCUGGCCGCCAUUCUUAACCGGAUCAUCAGCGUGAAGAACAACAGCAGGCUGCAGAACCUUUGA